GUCCGGUGGGCGUGGCCUGGCGGGACACAAAGGCGCCCCCGCCGCGGCUCCGGUGGCGGCGCGCGCACCGGGAGGGGGCGUGGCCGCCCCGGUGGGGGCGUGGCCGCUUCCGGUCGGCGGUCCCGGUAUGGCGGAGCCGCGCGGCGGCCCCGGGCCCCCCCCGGCCGCGCCCGGAGCCGCCCCCGGCCCGGCCGGGCCCCGCGUCUGCUUCGCGCCCGCGGCGGCGGCGGCGGCGGCGGAGGAGGGCCCGGGGCGGGGCCGCGGGAAGGUCACGGUGCGCUACGACCGCCGCGAGCUCCGCAAGCGCCUCCACCUCGAGGAGUGGAUCCUGGGGCAGCUCACGGCGCUCUACGACUGCCGGGAGGAGGAGAUCCCGGAGCUGGAGAUCGACGUGGAUGAGCUGCUGGACAUGGAGAGCGACGGCGCCCGCAGCGCCCGCGUGCAGGAGAUCCUCGUGGACUGUUACAAACCCACCGAGGCGUUCGUGGGGGAUCUCCUGGAGAAGAUUCGGGGGAUGCAGAAACUCAACACCCCCCAGAAGAAAUGACCCCAAAAUCCAGGGGAACCCCCCCCAAAAUCCCGGGGGAAUCCCCCAAAAUUCGGGGGAACCCCCAAACCUCGGGGGGAACCCCCCAAUCUCAUCCCCCCGCCCCAAUUUCGGGGAACUCCUCCAUUUUUGGGGUCCCCCCUGCAGCGAUAAUCACGCCCCCCCUCCCCCCCACUGGUUUUGGGGGGUCCUGGGAGGGAUUUGGGGGGAAUUUGGGGGUUUUGGGGGUUUUUUUUAGGUUUUUUUUUAAAUUUCGGGGUUGGGGGGGUUUGGGGUUGUUUUUAUAUGGGUUUAAUAAAAGCAGCUUUGACAUUUU